AUGGAGUGGAAACUUUUCUUGCUCCGCCUCCAAUCCUGUGGGCGAGGCAAUGUCCAACUCAUUGGAGAUCGCCAUCCUAUAUUCUCCUGUAUGUGGGAGGACUCGACCUGUGCUGUACAGCGCAACCCUCGGCCAACAGGUCACGUUGCUGUGCUCUGUGCUGGCUAAUCCAACCGACGUCACUUUCCAAUGGGCGUUCACCAACGCGGUCUCCCAGACUCAACCUCCUCCAGGCUACUAUGGCUUGCCAAGCAGCUCUCACACCACGACGUCUCUACCCCCACCGGGCAUGACGGGUGUGGUACGGUCGGAGCACGGCUUGGAAGGCCGUCUCAAGUACCAGAUCCGGCGGAUACAAGACUAUGGUUCCGUUGAAUGUCGGGCCACAAACAGCGUUGGAUCUCAGACCAGACCCUGUGUCUUCGCUAUUAGACCUCCAGGCAUUCCUUCAUCGAAAUUCGCAUGCAAAGUAACGAAGCAAAGCUGGGCAAGCGUUGCAAUUGCUUGCGCUCUAACACCGUCAAAUUUCUACAACGACGACAACUCUGAAAACGUCACUGACGGAUCGGAUGUAAACGCGGCGGUACAUUCAGGUGAUAACGCGGCUGGAAACAAAAAGUUUUUAAAGCAGAUCUUGAUGAAAAGUGUACCAGGCAUUACAGAAAACAGCAUUCAAAAUAAAGUGUCAGCGAAGCCAGCCGACCACAAAAGGACCACUCUAGAAAAAGAUGCCCUAGGGGUUAGAGCGAGAAGCGGAAAAGAACCGAGUUUGCACAACUCGCAGCACGACGAUUCUGACCAAAUUGCUGAACUUCGAACGGAUGAACUGCAUCUAGAAAAUCAAAGGAUAAAAGAAGCAAGCGGAGUACAGAUAUACGACCAAGACACUAAAUAUCUCUUGACCGUGAGGGAACGACACACCAACACUCUGAUGCAUAACACUACAGGAGCGCGUGGAGUGUUCAACUUGACGGGCCUGACCCCCGGAGGAGAUUACGUCAUCAGGGUGUGGAGGGUGAACAGGAGGGGGCGCUCCGCCCCCCUCACCCUCGAGACCUACACGCUGCGUGUGGCUCAAAACAAAAUGAGAGAGGACGUUGUAGGUGAUGCAGCGGCAGUGGUGCUCGGUAUCGCACUGACCGCAUCAGCGCUUCUCCUGAUUUUGGUCUUCUCGCUCGUCCACAAGAAGAUCCACAAUCGUCACACACAGGCUGAAGGACCUCAGUUCCUGCAAUCUACUGUGACGCUCGAUGAAGAAUCUCCGAAUCCUUUGAUUCCUCCCGCGGAUGACCUGCAGUCCAGCGUCGUGCCCGUGGAACAUCAAAUAGUGGAAGUGACACCCGAUUUGGAUGGCAGCGAAUGUAAAACAUUUUCAAAAACUUCAGUAAACCUCGAGGCCGAAGAGUUCUUCCUCGAAGCUCCUCAGCGCAACCAACCUUCGUCAUCGCUCAACAGGAGCCUCUUUCCGGAAUCUCCGGUGAAUAUGAGCAGCAAUUCAACCAUAAGCAAAUUGAUUAGUGGAGUAGAACGCAGCCGUGGUUCCUCAAGAGCUCAAAGUUCGGUCGGUGAAAUUGGAACCGAAACUAAUAAUAUUUCGUGGAGAAAAUCCCCGUUCAAUUACUCAUCACAAUUCUUCAAUCCUCCGGGCAUGUCUUCCUCCACAUCAGCCUCUAACGAAGUGGAGGCUAGCAACAAGUUCAAGGACCUUGAACGCCUCGGAGGUGUAGGAGUUUCUGAACUCCCUGCCCCUUCCCGAAACCCUAACAAGAAGCACUACGUUCGCUGUCAACAAUUAACUCAAGUUGCAAACGAGCGAGAAAGCUUCCUAUGAUACGGCCAAACAAAGAACAUUGUUUUCAA